UCCAAGCAUUACCUAAAAUAGAAAUAUGUUGGUUCAGGUAUCGGUGCAAUUCUGCGAAAUAAAUUUUGGAAAGCCGAUUACUCGUGUUAGAUGCAGGCCGCGAAUUUAAAAAAUGACGGCGGCGAGCUCUGAUUCUGAGUCCCAAAAGCCAAGUUACGAAACAUUCCGAUUGUUCUCCUCCACGGACGGAGACAGCACCAGUUCUGGGUUCGGUUUUUUUGAUGCUAGACAAGCACCUUCUAUACCCCCACCUCCUUGUAUUGAAGUGCUUUGCUCUGAGGCUUCACCGUCGGUGGAAUACAGUGCGGAAUCAGUGAGCUUGGAUGGGCUUACUCUGCUGAAGGGAAGGGUCAAUACGCAAGAAGUUUUUGGCUUAUCCAACUCUGAUUUAGUGCCAGGAAAAUAUGAAGGUGGGCUUAAAGUGUGGGAAGGCUCACUAGAUUUAAUUAAAGCUCUUAAUUCAGACAUCAGAAGCGGGCAUAUUUCAUUUUCUAAGAAGCGAGUUUUAGAGGUUGGAUGUGGUCAUGGACUUCCUGGAAUCUUUUCAUUGCUUGAGGGGGCAGCUGUGGUGCAUUUCCAGGACUUCAAUGCUGAGGUCCUACGUUGUCUCACCAUCCCGAAUGUAAACACAAAUAAAUUUGGGAAACCUCAUCCAUCAUCUUCAAACAUAGCCAUAUGUGAUGAGGAAGAAGUUCGCUUUUUUGCUGGUGACUGGAGUGAAAUUGAUAAACUUCUCCCUUUUGUGGAUAACAAUGCAAAGGAUGGUCCUGGUUAUGACUUUAUUCUGAUGGCAGAGACUGUUUACUCAAUCAGCAGUCUCCAAAUCCUCUAUAAUCUUAUCAAGAAGUGUCUGCGCUAUCCUGAUGGAGUUGCUUACAUGGCUGCAAAGAAGUAUUAUUUUGGAGUAGGUGGUGGAACUCGACGAUUCUUAUCUGUGGUGGAAAAAGAUGGCAUCAUGAUCAGUACUCUUGUUGCUGAAAUCACAGAUGGUGCAUCUAACGUGCGUGAAGUAUGGAAGCUUUCAUUCAAGUAGUAUUGUGAGUUUAUUCCUUCUUUACUUGAACCAUCACGUGUUCACUUCAUGUCCAAUCUUUUGGCUUGUUCUUCCCUCUAAUGGAUGGAUGUCCUUAAAAUGAACAUGAUUUGGCUUGGGGAGCAAGUUGCCUCAAUGAAGUGGCAAUAUUUCAAAAAUGGAAUCGCAUUGUAUCUUAGUCAACACUCACUGUCAAAUAUUUCAUGUGACUGACACAAUACAUCAAAUUACAUUUGAACAACAUUUUAUCCUGUCACCUUGUGGUGAUCA